AUGAAGAUGCCAGGGGGUGCCGGGGUUGAUGCUGAGGAUGAGGAUGAAGAUGAAGAUGGGGAUGAAGAUGCCAGGGAUGACGCUGAGGAUGAGGAUGAAGAUGAGGAUGAGGAUGACGCUGAGGAUGAUGCUGGUGCUGAGGAAGGCUCCGGCGGCCCGGGGGGGGCCGGGGGGGACCCCCCCCCGGCCCCGCGGUUCCCGGUGGUGCCCACCCAGUACGGGCGGCUGCGGGGGGCGCGCCGGGACCUGAGCAACGAGCUGCUGGGGCCGGUGCAGGCGUUCCUGGGGGUGCCCUACGCCGCCCCCCCGCUGGGCCCGCGCCGCUGGGCGCCCCCCGAAGCCCCCGCCGCCUGGGGAGGGGUCCGCGACGCCACCGCCUUCGCCCCCGCCUGCCCCCAGAACCUGCGCGCCGGGCCCCCCCCGCUGAUGCUGCCGCUCUGGCUCAGCGACAACCUGGAGGCCGCCGGCGCCUACGUGGCGGCGCAGAGCGAGGAUUGCCUCUACCUGAACCUCUACGUGCCCACCGAGGACGCGUCCCUCUGUCCAUCCAGGCCCUCUCUCCGUCCUCUGUCCAUCCCAACCUCCACCCCGGUGUCCAUCCCAACAUCCCGGUGUCCAUCCCGGCCACGCCUCUGUCCAUCCAUCCCGACGUCCACCUCGGUGUCCAUCCCAACGUCCCGGUGUCCACCUGCCCUCCGGCCGCACCUCCGACCGUCCAUCCCGGCAUCCCGGUGUCCAUCCCGGUGUCCAUCUGUCCUUCAGCCAGGUUUGCUCGGCAAAAAGCGCGAGGACGGCGCGGCCGGCGGCCCCCCCCCGGACUCAGACAUCCGUGACAGCGGGAAGAAGCCGGUGAUGCUGUUCCUGCACGGCGGCUCCUACAUGGAGGGCACGGGGAACAUGUUCGACGGCAGCGUCCUGGCGGCCUACGGCAACGUCAUCGUGGUCACCAUGAACUACCGGCUGGGCGUGCUGGGGUUCCUGAGCACGGGGGACCAGGCGGCCAAGGGCAACUACGGGCUGCUGGACCAGAUCCAGGCGCUGCGGUGGCUGCACGAGAACGUGGGGCACUUUGGGGGCGACCCCCAGCGCAUCACCAUCUUCGGCUCCGGCGCCGGCGCCGCCUGCGUCAGCCUCCUCAUCCUCUCCCACCACUCCGAAGGCCUGUUCCAGAAGGCCAUCGCGCAGAGCGGCACGGCCAUCGCCAGCUGGUCGGUCAACUACCAACCGCUCAAGUACACGCGGCUGCUGGCGGCCAAGGUGGGCUGCGAGCGCGCCGACACCGGCGCCGCCGUCGAGUGCCUGCGGCGCCAGCCCUUCCGCGCCCUGGUGGACCAGGACGUGCAGCCCGCCCGCUACCACGUGGCCUUCGGGCCGGUGGUGGACGGCGACGUGGUGCCGGACGACCCCGAGAUCCUGAUGCAGCAGGGGGAGUUCCUCAACUACGACAUCCUCAUCGGGGUCAACCAGGGCGAGGGGCUCAAGUUCGUGGAGGACUCGCUGGAGAGCGAGGACGGCAUCUCGGCCUCCUACUUCGACUUCACCGUCUCCAACUUCGUGGACAACCUGUACGGCUACCCCGAGGGCAAGGACAUCCUGCGCGAGACCAUCAAGUUCAUGUACACGGACUGGGCCGACCGCGACAACGGCGAGAUGCGGCGCAAGACGCUGCUGGCCCUCUUCACCGACCACCAGUGGGUGGCCCCGGCGGUGGCCACGGCCAAGCUCCACGCCGAGUACCAGUCGCCCGUCUACUUCUACACCUUCUACCACCACUGCCAGACGGACGCGCGGCCCGAGUGGGCGGACGCGGCGCACGGCGACGAGAUCCCCUACGUCUUCGGGGUGCCCAUGGUGGGCGCCACCGACCUCUUCCCCUGCAACUUCUCCAAGAACGACGUCAUGCUCAGCGCCGUCGUCAUGACCUACUGGACCAACUUCGCCAAGACGGGCGACCCGAACCAGCCGGUGCCGCAGGACACCAAGUUCAUCCACACCAAGCCCAACCGCUUCGAGGAGGUGGUGUGGACGCGCUUCGACGGCAAGGACAAGCGCUACCUGCACAUCGGCCUCAAGCCGCGCGUGCGCGACCACUACCGCGCCAACAAGGUGGCCUUCUGGCUGGAGCUGGUGCCGCACCUGCACAACCUGCACCAGCUGCCCCACGCCUCCACCACCACGCGCCUGCCGCCGCCGCCCGGCCCCCCGCGCCGGCCCCCGGCCACGCGCCGGCCCCCGCCGCCCGCCACGCCGCCCGACCGCGCCGAGCGCCGCCACCACGACGACGACGACGACGACGACGACGACGACGACCCCGGCGGGCGCCGCCGCUUCGCGCCCUUCCCCGGCGACUCGCGGGACUACUCCACGGAGCUCAGCGUCACCGUGGCCGUGGGCGCCUCCCUCCUCUUCCUCAACAUUUUGGCCUUCGCCGCCCUCUACUACAAGCGGGACAAGCGGCCGCCGGAGCCGCGCGCCGGGCCGGGGGUCCCGCGCCGCCUCAGCCCCCCGCCCGCCGCCCGCGGCGCGGCGCCCAACGACCUCCUGGGCCACGGCGCGGCCGCCGAGGAGGAGCUGGUGCAGCUGCAGCUGAAGCACCCGGGGGUGGCCCCGGGGGUCCCGCUGGGCGUGGGGGAGCCCCCCGAGGCGCGGCCGCCCCCCGGCCCCCCGGACUACACGCUGGCGCUGCGGCGCGCGCCCGAGGACGUGCCCCUGCUGCCCCCCAACACCAUCACCAUGGCCUUGACCUUUGACCCCCGGAGCGUCGCCAUGGAGACGGGGGAAGGCGGGAGGUCGCGAUGA